GGAUGGUUCUGGUUCGUACGGAGACGGGUCAGCUGGUGAUGGUUCCUCAGCAGGUUCUGGCUCAGGCUCAGGCCAAGACCCAGCAGGGGGGCGGGGCCAUCAUCCAUAGACCGGCCACGCCCACUGCAGGGACCACGGUCCGGGUCACCACCGCCUCCACGGCUCCUCAGACCGUCCGCCUGGCCUCCCCUGCUCAGACCAGAAUGGUUCAGUCCACCUCCACCGUACAGAAGACAAUCUCUGUGGCCCCCGGGGGCGCCAUGGUGACGGUGAAGAUGCCCCCCCCUCAGAAGGGCCCCACAGUGAUUACAGGAAACAAGCCUUCCCCCCCGACCCUCAGCACCCCCGCCCCCCCUGCCAGGGGCCCCCUCCUGUCCACGGAGAUGCAGGAGAACGUGAAGAAGUGUAAGAACUUCCUGGCGACGCUCAUCAAGCUGGCGUCUCACAACUCGCCGUCCCCCGACACCUCCAAGAACGUGAAGGCGCUGGUCCAGGACCUGCUGGAUGCAAAGAUCGAGCCGGAGGAGUUCACCACGCGGCUGCAGGCGGAGCUGAAGUCCUCUCCUCAGCCGUACCUCAUCCCCUUCCUCAAGAAAAGCCUCCCCUCGCUGCGUCAGUCUCUGCUCACCAACCAGCAGAACCUGAUGGCCUCCACCUCCGCCCCCCCCAUCAUCUCCACCUCCAUCAGACCCAGACUACCCAUCAGCCCCGGCGCCACCACGGUACGCCUCAACACCCCGCUGGUGGGGGUCCGGGCGGGGGUCCCGGCUCGAUCGCCCGUCGUCUUCAAUCAGACGCUCCGACCUCAAGGUACGCUCAUCAGAGGACCGACCACCAUCAUAGGUAGGAGUCCGCUGAAUGUGGCUCCGGCCAAUCAGAGGAAGCUGAGCGACCCUGGGGGCGGGACUUUCAGAGACGACGAUGACAUCAACGACGUGGCGUCCAUGGCGGGCGUGAACCUGAACGAGGAGAACGCCCGGAUCCUCGCCACCAGCUCGGAGCUCGUGGGAACCAAGAUCAGAUCCUGCAAAGACGAAGCCUUCCUGCCCCCAGGACCGCUGCUCAAACGCAUCCUCGACUCAGCGAAGCAGCAGGGGGUCCUGGAGGUUCCUCCGGAGGUGGUGGCUCUGAUCUCUCACGCCACUCAGGCCCGACUGAGAGCUCUGCUGGAGAAAGUGAGCAGCAUCGCUCAGCACCGCAGUGAGGGGGGGAAGGAGGACGAGCAGGAGUGUAUGUCAGACGUUCGCUCUCAGCUCCGGUUCUUCGAGCAUCUGGAGAGGCUGGAGAAACAGAGGAAGGACGAUCAAGAGAGAGAGAUCCUGCUGAAGGCUGCCAAGAGUCGAGCUCGACAGGAGGAUCCGGAGCAGGCGCGUCUGAAGCUGAAAGCUAAGGAGAUGCAGCAGAAUGAGUUAGCUCAGAUGAGGCAGCGAGACGCUAACCUGACAGCGCUCGCUGCCAUCGGACCGAGGAAGAGGAAAAAGAUGGACUCACCGGGAGGAAGCUCCGCCCCCGAGGUGGUGUCUGGCCCAGGCUCCUCCCCCGGAUCCUCGUCGUCACGGCAACAGCUGCGACAGCGAAUCACCAGAGUGAAUCUCAGGGACUUCAUUUUCUGCCUGGAGACCGACCGCAUCACCGCCAGAUCCCUCACGCUCUACAAGGCUCUGCUCAAAUAACAGGAAGUGACCCCCCGCGGGAAGGGACCCCCCCUCUGUUGUGUGUGUGUGUGUGUGUGUGUGUGUGUGUGUGUGUGUGUGUGUGUGUGUGUGUG